CUUCUCUUAAAACAUCAACAGAAUAGAAAAAAAAAUGGGCAGACAGCAACAGAAAUACAGAGGAGUACGUCAAAGGCAUUGGGGUUCUUGGGUUUCAGAAAUUCGACACCCAAUACUAAAGACUAGGAUUUGGUUGGGUACAUUUGAAACAGCAGAGGAUGCAGCUAGAGCUUAUGAUGAAGCAGCGAGAUUAAUGUGCGGCAUUAGAGCUAGAACCAACUUCUCUUACAACCCUGAUUCUUCUUCUUCUUUACAUCACUCUGCAUCCAACAACCUUCUAUCGCCAGCUCUUACUCAAAAACUACAGCGGUGUCAUUUAGCAUCUCUACAGAUUAUGAAUAACAAGCCUGCUGUUCUGAUGAAAUGCCCAACUCAAAAGUCUGAUCCGCAUAAUGCCGGAAAACAUGACAAAAUGACGGGUAUUUGGUCGUCAUCAUCGUCUUCUUUGUGCUCGUUGAAGAAGAGAGGUGUAGAAAAUACAAUGGCGGUUCAACAGACGAUUGGUAGCAGUACAAGUUGUUUGAAUAUCCAAGAAUUCAAACAACUGGAAGAGGAUGAUAUUGAAGAAAUGAUUGAAGAAUUACUUGAUUCUGAUGGUGGAUGGAUGUGUUGAGAGUAUUUCCGCUGUUUUAGCUGCUAGCUCCUCAUAAUUCUGUCUCUUUAGUAAUUGGAAUAAUUCAUAACUUGGG